AUGCCGAAAGUGGUAAAAAGUGCUAAAAGGCAAACUAUUCUUCAAGCUUACGCAUUUUGUGAAAAAGAAAAGGCUGAAAACAAGCUGAUUCUUCCAUUGCAACAAGUUCGUGCAAGAGUUGCCGCCAUGACCGGUAUGUUUAUAGGUAACGUCGCUUACGUUAAAGAGUGGUCAUAUGUUAUAAAAAUUGAAGAUGAGUACAUAAUCAAAGAUAAAAUAAUGGAUGAAGGAAGUGAUCGCUUUUUAUUGUGGGUUGGCAGUGAUAGUGACGAAAGCGAUAGUGACAGUGAUCAUUCAAGUAACAUUGAAGAAGAUAUGUUACACCUUAUUGAUCAUAGUUAUAUAAAGUAA